CCUAACUUCUUCAGGACCAUGCCCAGUGAUAUUUACCAAGCCCGGGCUAUUGCCCAGCUUUCUAUACGCUUCAAUUGGACCUGGAUCGGAGCAGUUGUAGCAAACAACGAUUAUGGCCUUGUGGCAAUAAAGGUUUUUCAGGAGGAGACUCGGGGGGCUGGGGUGUGUCUGGCAUUUGUAGAGACUCUCCAAAGGGAAAAGAUUGUGAGUGAUGCCAGACGAGCAGCCCUCACAAUUCAGGCCUCGACUGCAAAAGUGAUUCUGAUCUUUACCUGGUACACAGAUGUGAGAGAAUUGUUUCUGCAACUAGCUAAGAUCAAUGUGACUGACAGACAAUAUCUGGCAAGUGAGGCUUGGAGCACCAGUGGUGAUCUUCUCCAAAAUGUUGUCUCAACUAAAGUAGCAAAAGGGGUUUUUGGUGUUGCUAUUAGAAGUUCAGCUGUACCUGGAUUUGAAAAUUAUAUUAGAAGUUUGCACCCAAUUCAUCGUCCUGAAGAUGAGUUCCUCAGAGAAUUCUGGGAAGCGGAAUUUGGGUGCAGUUCUGGGGCCUCACCUCUCUUUUCACAUUACUCUCCAUCAUUCAAAUAUGUAACCCCAUUAAAUAUUUCUACACCAUCUCCUGCCAAUAGAUUUUCUCAGAAAGGUUCUCUGCCACUCUGCAGUGGGACAGAGUCCCUGGAGGGAGUGAAGAACCCCUUCACUGAUGUCUCCCAGCUUAGGGUGGCAUAUAACGUCUACCUUGCUGUUUAUGCUGCAGCUCAUGCUCUUCACAGCCUUCUCUCCUGCCCUGAUAGAGACAGCUCAUCUGGAAACAACAGCUCCACCUGCUCUUCUCCAAAACACAUCAAACCGAUAGAGCUGUUGCAGCACUUGAACAACGUGAAUUUUACCACGCCACAGGGGGAAAUGUUUUAUUUCCAAGGUGCCGACAUUCCAGCAAAGUACGACCUUGUCAACUGGCAAGAAACCCCCGAGGGGUCACUCAAACUUGUUUUGAUCGGUCGUGUGGACGGGUUUGACCUCCACCUUAAUGAAUCAGCUAUUCAGUGGAGCACAGGAUCCAACCAGGUGCCGACUUCAGUGUGCAGUGAGAGCUGUUCCCCAGGUACCCGAAAGGCCAGCAGGAAAGGAGAACCUCUCUGCUGCUUUGACUGUAUCCAAUGUGCUGAAGGGGAGAUUAGCAAUCAAACUGAUUCCCUUCACUGUGAGCGUUGUCCAUCUGAGUUUUGGUCCAAUGCUAAACAAACCGCCUGCAUCCCUCGCCAGCUGGACUUCCUUUCCUUUAAUGAAA